GGGUUAUGGAGGCGGUUCUGAAGCGACUGCAGACGCUGACCGCGGAUCAGCUGAGAGACGAGCUCACCGGCGCCGGACUCAGAUGCGGCCCGGUCACAGCCACCACCAGGAGCCUCUUUGAGAAGAAGCUGGCUCGAACUCUUCUGGGGGAGGCCGCGGUGCAUUCUGGGAGCUCACUUCCUGCGGAGGAGCUCCAGCAGCCAAUCAGUGAGCAGAACCGAGAGGAAGUGACCGGUGAAGCUGAAACCCCAGAGCCGCAGACGGAGAGUCCGUGUGUUUAUUACGGCGUGUGUCCUGAGCCAGACGACCCAGCGGCUGAAGAAGGAUCGCUGCAUGUGUACGGUGAUAAGAUGAAGGCGCUGAAGGCCGUGAUGAAGCUGAAAGGAGCUCGAUUUAAAGCCUUUGCCAGGAAAGAAGACGCGGAGAACUUCGCUAAAGGAUUGUGUGUGUCGCAGCUCAAACUGUCUCCAGAGAAAACCAGCGCAGAGCGCUCGGUGAGUUCAGACGCUGUGAACCUGGAGAAGGCCAAUGAGUUUAACAGUCCUCGAACCCAAGACCUGACGGCCAAACUGCGCAAAACCGUGGAGAGCGGAGACGAGGAGGCGUUCAGAGAGCUGGUCUGGGGAAAUCCACGAUAUCUCAUCGGAUCCGGUGACAAUCCCACUAUCGUGCAGGAGGGCUGCAGAUAUAACGUCUUGCACGUGGCGGCUAAAGAGAACCAGGCGGGCAUCGCUCGUCUGCUGCUGGAGACGCUGGAGGAGCCCGAGUUCAUGCGGCUCAUGUAUCCUAACGAUAACGAGCUCAUGCUGCAGCAGCGCAUUCGAUACAUCGUCGAUCUGUACCUCAACACGCCUGACAAAGCUAGCAACGAGACGCCGCUGCACUUCGCGUGUAAGUUUGGAUGUCCGGAGGUGGUGGAUGUUCUGUGUUCACAUCCGAGCAUCGACAAACACUGCAGGAACAAAUACGACCAGAAACCGUCCGCUGUGAUCUGUGAGCGCAAAAACAAGAGCAAGGAGGUGAAGCAGAGGAUCAUGGAGUAUUUGGAAGACAGAUUUUAUGUGCCAUUGCUGCGGGCCGCAGACAACACGCUGCAUCCGGUGAUCUGCGCCCCCUGGUGUCUCGCUUCACCGGAGUCCUGCGAUCAGUUAAACAGGCCUGACAGGAUGAUGGAAAGUCCCAAAAACCCAACAAUGACGGUCAAGGCUUUUGCUGGGCCUCUGAAUUCAUUAAAGGCCGAGGAGUUUCACAGACUGUGGAAGACGCCGCGGCGGGAGCGAGCUGAAUACUUCCAUCAGAUCCUGAAGACUGACUCCGAGCACGGCGCAGAGAGAGUCGGCCGAGAGCUGGCUCGUGAGAUGGGACUGCCGUGGGCCGAACACUGGGCUUUCCUCGGCUGCUUCAUCGAUCUGUGCAGCAGCGACGGGCUGAAGAUGCUGGAGGAGCACCUGAGCUUCACAGAGGACCGCUCAUCCGCAGGUCAGUCUCUGAACACAUCUCCUGCUCUUACUACGGCUGCGAGAUGUGACCCGAAAUCAAAACCUCGGUUCAACACUUUACCUUGA